AUGACUUCUAGGUUUUCGUUAAAUACCCCUCUUUCAAGUCCUACUUCACAAAAGGGUGUAAGAACUGAACUUACGGAUCCUUCAGUAAACCCAGAGGUAUUUAAUCGUUAUAAAAGAUCUUUUCGAGCUUUACGUUUUGCUUUAGAAAAAGCAGACAUAAGAUGUCCACCUAAUGCUAUGAAAGAAAUAAUAAGGCAUCUCAGCCCAUCAUUAAAAGUGUGUUUGGAUUAUUUUAAUAAUAGUAAUAAUACCAAGAUUGCGAAAGAUGGUUCUUUACAAGGUUUAGCCAGCGAAGCACUUCAGUUGAAUACACGAACAACUCACUUUAUGAUGAAAAGUUUCGAAUCAGAAUAUGAGGAUUAUAAUCAAUUGGAUAAUGGAGAAUAUUUAUCAAAAUUACAUGAAUUUUAUUGUGAAGAACGACUUAAUUUGAUUAAAAUUUUGUGUACAUUAUUUUUUUAUUCUAAAGAUACGAAUUGGUAUUAUUAUAAUUCGGCAAAAUAUUUUAUUGAAAAUCUUAAUAUAAGUCAAUUUUUGGACAGAAUUUUUGAUCAAUUUCAAGAUUUGGCUGAUAUCGGUGUACAAGCCUUCAUACCGGAAAACAUUAAACCAUUUAAUUUUUCAAUGCAAUAUAUUAAAGAACAAAUAGAGAUAUUAGAAUUAUUAUGUUUGAUAUAUAACGAACUCCCUAGACAAUCAACAAAAAAAUAUUUGAUAAAAUUCCUGACUCAUUGCAUGAACACAAAAUUUGGAUUUAAUCAAUUUCUUUCGUUACACAUCAACUCAAAUGGUCAAGGUUCAUUAACUGAAGUUAAUCAUUUUACUCAAAUUCUUAUAGUUCUCAUGACCUUAGUUGAAUUUAAUUUCACUGGAAUUUUCCCGUCUGUUCACGCAAAAAAGAAACGAGUGGCUCCAUCAGAUGACGUUAGGACAGUCAUUGAAAGGGCAUUGGUGAUGGAUGAUGAUCCAUCUAACGGAAUAUUUCUCUGGUUAUGGUCUUCUUAUUUAACGCAUAUACAACAUUUUUAUGAUGAAACGAGUUGGCCAAAGGAGUAUCAAGAUCUAGAAAGUUACUUUAAUAAUAUGAUUUCAGCAAAUGUUUCAAAGGCCUAUAAUCUUAACGUUCUAGAUUCUAUACAUGAGAUAUUCAAAGGUCCAUGUUUCAGACCGGAGGAACUAAAUGUAAAGGGUUAUAAGAGGACUUUUAAAACUUACUUUAUCUCAAUCUUUGAAGCAUUUAAAAUACACGAGAUUCCCAAACAUCAACUCCUGGUUGAAUGCUUUGCACAAGUAUUUGUUGAUGGUGGUCCGUGUAGAGAAUUCUUUAAAGAGGAUUCGUUUUAUGAAAAGCGAAUUUCCUUAUUCACUUGGGCAAUUUCUAGGUUUCCUCAGAAUUUUCAUCCGUUAAUGAGAUUAUAUACUGCACUUUCUGGAGAUGAAGAUUCGGCCGAAGAAAUAUUUGUCUUAUUGAAUAAUUUUAGUCAAUGCAGUUGCUUGGUUCGUGAUGAGCAGCUCAAAUUUGAAAUAACCAAUGAAAAUGUGGUUUAUGUCAAGGAACCCAUCAAACUUUUUGACAAUAUCUAUCAAGACAUUUUUACCAUUCCAGAAAAUACACCUGGUUAUAUAAUCGAGCGAUUUGAUGGAAACAAAUUAAUUCAAUGGAAUUUCAAAUAUUCUGGAUGGCAACUCUUUUUGGAAAUGUUGGAAUCAUUUCCUUUAAUACAAGGCAGGGUCCUUCCUGAUUACGAUCCUACUUUAUUCGAUGAUCCAACUCCUUCGCGAAUCAAGGAAAUAUUACAACUCCUAUACGCGCUUUUAUCUAAUUCUCCGAGUUUGGUUGAAAAGAUAUUAGAUCAUUUGGAUACUUGUUUUCAAGACAAUAAACCUCACAACGAUCUCGCGUUUACGAUAUUUGCUGUUAUCGAAUACGUUAUGAACAACAUUCCUGACGUCCUUGAUUUCAUCACUUCUGGUCUGCGAUGCGUUAAAGCUUUGUUGCCAUACUUUAAGGGUAAGAUCGUGUUAUAUCUUUUACAAUCAGGAUUUUUACCAAAGUUAACUUCAGAAGAUUUCCCGGAAGAAAACUCUCAGUUUAUAUGUAAAUUACAUCAUUUACUGUUAAAGCAAGAAUGUGUUGAAGGUCGUUAUCCUAUAACGAUAACCGUUUUAGAUCUUGCUAUCGAGUUCUUUAAUUACUUGGAUGAUUUCAAUUUGGAACAAGAUCAAGAAUUAUGGAAUAAUUCAAAAGAAAUACUUCAUUCUUUAACCUCCUAUAUAUUGAAUGUCGUCUUUGUGUCUUAUGAUCAAUGGAGAUACAAAAAUGAGUUGGAACAUAUCCAAAUUGGGAUCAAGUGUUUGACGGUUUUCAAUAAAAUCUUGUUAGGUUGUCCUCCAGAUUUCGAGUUUCCUAACUAUAAUGAUCCCAUAAUAAACGUUUCAAAGGAUUCGUUACGAGAUUCUCUUCGGGACUACUUAUGGGAUCAUUUUAUGAUGAAUGAAGGUUUAUAUAAUGUUUUACCUUUAUUCUCCAUCAUCGAAAGGAACAAGAAGUUUUCCUUUAAUUUCGAAAGGACCGCCAAUUCUCAUCUGGAUAAGUAUGAUAAAUUAUUGGAAUUGUCAUUAGCAUUUCUUUUAAGGUUAUUUAAAAUUCAUAAAUUAAAAACUUCGGAAGUUUCCUGGUUAGAAUUAGCUAUGUUGGAUAGGACAAAUGUCAACUUUAAUCGAGGGUUGAUAAUGGUCAUUUCCUCGUAUAUUUUAUACCCACAUAGCUUGGGAGUUCCUAUCUUAUCUUGUGAGCUUAUGACACUUCUUUUUUCAUUGUGUGAACGAUCUAUACCGUUUCAAUCAUCGUUGAGUGGACUCUUUGGAAAUGAAGCUGAAACCAUAAUCAUAUAUAAUAAUUUCAUAAAACGGCUUACGACUGAAAUUAAUGUUGAAGAUUUACGAGUCGCUAUCUUAAAUUUUUUCACCGUUUCAAUCAAGGUUCAUAUUGGACUGGCGAUUUUUGGUGGAUUUGAGUUGAUUUCCAAUCAGUUGGAUCGUAAAGGCAAGAAAAAGGAGACCGACAAACUUGAUAAAAAGAAGAAAUUUAAAAUUUCGAUGAACAUUAAUGAUGUCAUUGUUGGUCUGUUAAAGGAUUGGAAAAAAGUUUAUGAUACUGAGCCUCGAGUAUUCCUUGCUGCUAUACGAUUCCUAAGUGCAUUAUGGGAGAAUGUUCGCAAAGGUGAAUUUAUAAUUUUAAAAAAAUUACGGGAAAAUAACGAAUUAUGGAUCAACAUCAUGGAAAUCCUAUACAUGAGAUUAAAUGAUAAUGGGCACCAUGGAGAUGAGACGGUGGAACUAUCUCAAGGAACUGUUGUCAGUAGAGCAAAUGCUCAUGUGGAAAAGAUUUGUUGUGGACGUAAUAUCAAGGCUCUUUUAUUCCGGUUGUUGGGUCGUGAACUUUGUCUUGUUACAAGUCAGAUGAAGGAUAAAGAAAACAAAAAUCGUGGCGAAUUUAUUAAAUCAUUACCCGCGGAAGGGAUAAGAAAAAUUCUUCAAAAUAUUCUUGAUGAAAAUAUGUUAAAAUUUUGUCUUGAAAAAUUUACGCGGAUCGAUCAACAACCUAUUUUCAUGUCGACUAAAUUUGCCGAGAAGAAUAUGUCUCCUUCUAUUACAUUGGAACGUUUAACUAUCUUGUAUUGGAGUGAUGAUUAUGAUUUAACACGACGUUAUGGGGAUAAUUUCAAAUACGAUAUACAUUUGACUUGGAAAUUAUUAAAACUCUCGAAAGAAACGUCUAUUGCGAAUUCAUUUCUAAAGUCGUUAUGUGAAGAAUCUCAUCAUUUGUCAAGAGUUAACUCUCAAGUCGUUCUCUUGAGGUCUUGGAAGUAUUUUAUGGAAAUCACGUCUUAUAUCUUAUCCGAUGGAUUUUGGAUCACUGAACAAAAAACGGAUAUAUCUUGGCUGAUACUCAAGAAGGUAGCGGAACGUCUUGUGGAAGAAAUUCGACGCGGGCAUAAUGUAGAAAUUACUAUUCGUGACGAUCUUGCUGAUUUGCUGUUGCACUCGAUGGAACAACUGAUAAUCUCGGAAGAUUUAUCUCAACCAAGGAUAGUUCAUUACGCCGAAUUGGUUACGUUGUUAUACAAUUCUCUUACCAGUGUUAUAAAUCAAACGCAAAAUAUGAAUGAAGGUCACUUUAAGUCAACUACCUACCGGCCAAUCUUACAUUCACUUAUAUUAUGUCUACGGGUACUUCACGAUGCUAACGAAAUAUUAAAGGAGGAGGAAAAUGUAUUGUCAGGAUUUCGACAAAGUUGCCAAUCCCUUCUUUCAGAAUUAUGCGAUUUUUUAGUUGCAAUCACUAAGCAAGAUGAGAUUAACCAAGAUCGCGAGGAGGAUAUUUUGAUAAUAUUAACAGUAUUAGAAUAUCUAAUACAACCAUUGUGUAAUCCGUACCCUUCAAUUUGGUUGGGAAUACUUAUGGAGAAGAAGAUAAUCACCUUGCUUCUAAAUAUGUUUAUUCAUUCCAUGUCGAUGCCUUGGAAAGAUCGACCGAAAUUCUCUGACGGGGUGAUCUAUUUUCUACUGACAUUGGCCAAUUUUCCGGUUGGAGCAUCGCGAUUGCUUAUAGAUGGGGUCAUGUCGGCAUUCUGUAACAACAAGCUCUCAGUAGAUUUACAAGAGGGAAAGGUCGAACCAAAUCUAGAAGAAAAUUGGCAUAAGAUUUGGUGUUUGAUGUUGGCAGUUAUUACCGCUAUGUUACGUACGGUCGAGAAAAGGGACUUGAACAUGAUCUUGAAAUCCGUCGUUGGAUUUAUCAGCCUUUACAAGAAACAAAUUCAACGGGCAAUGGAAUGUGAACUACCGACGAAUAUGUUCAAAUUGGAGGAGAUACAAUACAUUACCAUACUAUUAUAUCAUUUAUCAAUGCAUUUAAGUUCAUUGGAUCUGGAUAUUGCAAAUGAAUGCUUAUCUUAUUAUUAUGAUCCUUUGUUAAUACUUUUAUCGAAGCUAACAUAUCUAUUCACACAUCCCAAAUAUUCUUCAAGAGUGAUGACACCUCUGACACCAGAGGAAAUGAAGCAAUCAACAAUUCUUUUAUCUGGCGGGAUCAAAUUAGCAUUCGAGAAUGUCCUACCGGAUAUUAAUUUAACUUCAUCAUCUGAUGGAGGUUCCGAAAUGAAUAAAUUUUUGCAAAAAGUUCAACAAAAACUUUUAUCAAUUAACAGAAAUAUUCUGGCAACUUAUAUUAAUUUAACGGAAUCACAUAAUGUCUUUCACAUGUCUAUACCGUCAUGGUCAGAUCAACUUGUAUAUUUAGAACCAUUGAUGAAAGUAACGGAUAAAGAUCCGGCAACUAUCGCAACGCUAUUUGAAUUGAUAGACCAUGGCAUGACGUUAAUUCAAUUAUGGGAAUAUAUACUUGACACUAAUAAGAUUAAUAAUAUUGAUGAUUUGGAAUUUUGGCAAAUUACUUGGAAAUCUUCUAUUAUCAUAAUUGAGAUGAGUUUCGUAUUGGCAACUUCUCAAUUAACCACAUGUUUCUUUUCCGAAGAAAGAAACAAGGAAGAUAUUGAGGAUUUAUUCACCGAAGUGUUUGAAAGGUUAUUAAAAUUUACACGUGUUGUAAGGAAAUUAUUGGGUAUGGGUACCCGCGUUAUAUCUGAAGAAAAUGAUUUAAAAUCUUUUGAGGUGGUUUUACGGAAUUUACAAAAUUUUCUUACCAAAACUAUAGGAAUAAUGUGA